AUGCCGCGGCAGAGGAGGAACCGAUCCAAAGACGCCGCCUCGAAGGCGCGGCAGGCCUCUCCCCGCUGCACGCGGCCCCGGCGGCGGGGCCGGGCGGCCGGGGCCCGGGAGCCUGAGUGGGAGCGGCCGCCGCGGGCGGAGGCGGACAGGCCGGGGCCGCGCAGGCCCGUGAGCGGCGGCUCCCCGCCCGGGGGCGCCCGGCCCUGCUCCCCGCGGAGGCCCGGCAAGCCGAGGGCGCACAACUGCGUGCCGCUGGAGGGCCCCCCGGGCUCGCUCCUCGGGCGCUUCCAGGGCCUCGGCUUCGUCCUGGAGCAGCUGCGCCACAAGGUGCACCUGCUGCGGAGGCGCCAGCUCUCGCUCCGCACCACCGUGGGCCUAGGUGUCUUUGUGGGAUUUAUGCACUGGAUACAUUUAUCAAUACUUUUUGAAAAUGAUCGUCAUUUUUCUCACCUCUCAUCUUUGGAACGGGAAAUGACUUUUCGCACCGAAAUGGGACUUUAUUAUUCCUACUUCAAGACCAUUAUUCAAGCACCUUCGUUUUUGGAAGGACUGUGGACGAUUAUGAACGACAGGCUCACUGAAUAUCCCCUUGUAAUCAACACAGUGAAACGCUUCCAUCUUUAUCCAGAGGUGAUUCUAGCCUUCUGGUAUCGCACAUUUGUGGGAAUAAUGGAUUUAUUUGGGAUAGAAACUAAGACCUGCUGGAAUGUCACAAGAGUCCAACCUCUGAGUGAAGUUGAAAGCUGUGAAGGAAUAGGAGAACCUGCUUGCUUUUAUGUUGGUGUGAUUUUUAUUUUAAAUGGAGUAAUGAUGUCGAUGUUCUUCGUAUAUGGUGCUUGUCUGAGUGGGACUCACAUUGGAGGUCUAAUUACAGUAUUGUGCUACUUUUUCAACCAUGGAGAGGCUACUCGCGUGAUGUGGACUCCACCUCUCCGGGAAAGUUUCUCGUAUCCAUUUCUUGUACUUCAGAUGUGCAUUCUAACUUUGAUCCUCAGAUCCUCGCCCAGCAGCGGGAGGUACUUCAUUGCGCUUUGCCUCUCCAACGUUGCCUUCAUGCUCCCCUGGCAGUUUGCUCAGUUUAUACUUUUUACGCAGAUAGCCUCAUUAUUUCCUAUGUAUGUUGUGGGGUACAUUGAGCCAAGCAAAUUUAAGAAGAUCAUUUAUAUGAACAUGAUUUCAGUUCUCCUUUGUUUUGUGUUGAUGUUUGGAAAUACAAUGUAUUUAUCUUCUUAUUAUUCUUCAUCUUUGUUAAUGACAUGGGUGAUAAUUCUAAAGAGAAAUAACAUUCACAGAUUGUGUGUAUCUGAACUCAACUUCUGGCUAAUUCAAUGUUUUGGUUGGUUUUGUGGAACAAUCAUUUUGAAAUUCCUGACAACUAAAAUCUUGGGUGUUUCAGAUCAUAUUCGCCUGAGUGACCUAAUAGCUGCGAGAAUCUUGAGGUUUACAGAUUUCGAUACUUUAAUUUACACCUGUGCUCCUGAAUUUGGCUUUAUGGAAAAGGCGACUCCACUGAGAUACACAAGGACAUUAUUGCUUCCACUUGUUAUGACGAUUACUUAUUUCAUCUUAAAAAAGGCUUUCCGUGAUGUUUUAUGUGUUUUAUCUUCAAACACUUAUCAAAGAAAACAGCUCCUUGAACAUGGUGAGCUAAUUUUCCACACAUUGCAGCUGAUAGCGUUUACUGCCCUCGCCAUCUUGAUUAUGAGGCUGAAGCUAUUUCUGACUCCGCACAUGUGUGUGAUGGCUUCCCUGAUAUGCUCCUGGCGGCUCUUUGGCUGGCUUUUUUACAAAGUUCGUUUUGAGAAUGUCAUCUUUGGUCUUCUCACAGUCAUGUCGCUCCAAGGCUUUGUCAACCUGUGCAGUCAGUGGAGCAUCCUGGGAGAGUUUAAUAAUCUGCCUCAGGAGGAACUGAUCCAGUGGAUCAAAUACAACACCAGGCCAGAUGCCGUGUUUGCGGGCGCCAUGCCGACCAUGGCAAGUAUCAAGCUGUCCACGCUGCGCCCCAUCGUGAAUCACCCGCAUUACGAGGACGCAGACCUGAGGGCCCGGACAAAAAUAGUUUAUGCCACAUAUAGUCGAAAAACUGCAAAAGAAGUGUGGGAUAAAUUGUUGCAGUUACAUGUGAAUUACUACGUUCUAGAAGAGGCCUGGUGUGUUGUGAGAACUAAGCCUGGUUGCAGCAUGCUUGAGAUCUGGGAUUUGGAAGACCCUUCGAAUGCAGCCAAGCCGCCCUUGUGCAGCACCUUGCUCAGGGACCCCCGGCCCUACUUCACCUUGGUGUUCCAGAACAGCAUGUACCGGGUGCUGAAGGUGGCCUGA